AAGACCUUACAUACACAUUUUAAGCUUGACGUCAUUUCUUAACUUCUGUGACUACAGGACAUUUGAUCGAUCAGUGAAACUGCAACUUUUUUCCAUUUUAUGAAUCUCACAGGAGUUCACCAAGGGGAAUCAUGUGUCCAUUCUUUAAACUCAUCUUGUUUAAGCGAACCAUCAACACAAACUGAUGUGCUCGUGUAUGUAUCUGUAAUAGCAGCUAUCUUUUUGGCAGUGUGUGGAAACCUUCUAGUGAUCAUUUCCAUCUGUCAUUUCAAGCAGCUCCACACGCCAACCAACUUCCUAAUCCUCUCUCUGGCGGUGGCGGACUGUCUAGUCGGAUUAAUUAUACUGCCGUUUGAAUUUAAUAUCUUCUUUCUACACCGGUGCUUUGGGGCAAUGUACUGCAACAUUGGUUACAUUGCAAGUUUUCACCUGACGUGUGUGUCCAUCUAUAAUGUAGCUUUUAUUGCUAUGGACCGAUAUUUUGCUAUAAGCAACCCUUUUCUUUACUGCACUAAAAUGAAUGUUAAUAUAACACUGAAGACGAUGUCAACUCUCUGGUUGUGCUCAUUCAUUUACAAUGUAUUGCUUCUUCAUUUCAGUGAAGGUCUAACUGAUCUGAAAGAAAAUAUUACAUGUAUGAAUUGUUUUGUUUCAGUUAAUUCUAUAUGGACCAUUGUUGAUUUUGCAGUGGUAUUCUUUCUGCCAUGCAUGACUAUUGUCAUUUUAUACAUUAAAAUUUUUAAUGUUGCAAAAAAACACACAAAUAAAAUCAGGUGUGUCAGAAAACACUAUUCAAAUAGAACAAAAAAUAACGAUCUUUCUGCGGCAUCCGAGAGGAAAGCAGGAAGAACUGUCGGAAUUCUGGUGUCAGUGUUCUUACUCUGCGUCGUGCCAUAUUACACCUGUGCUUUCCUUGAUGAGUACAUGAGGACACCAUCUGCAUAUACUGCCCUUUUGUGUAUGUCAAUUCUACUAUAUGUAAAUUCUUCUCUCAAUCCAAUCAUUUAUGCUUUAUUCUAUCCAUGGUUUCAAAAGUCUAUUAAAAUCAUUGUAACACUUAGGAUAUGUCAUUCAGAGUCUUCCCUUAUGAAUGUGCUUGCAAGGGAAACAUAGUUUUUAAUUCUGCUGUACAAAUAAGAUUCAACAACAUGUUUCAUGGAUUUGGAUGUCUAUGUUUUUCAUUGUUUUUGUAUUUUAUUGUUUUUGCAAUAAGCCUGCAGAGUUCCUUAUUGCAGAUGUAACAGAUCCUAUUAAUUAAUGUGUUACCUUCAUGUUAUUGCAAUGUGAGUAUCUUUUGAGGUUUUGUCAUUAAAAGUGAAACAUUUCUUUGAAUGAAAAUCAUUUUCACCACUUAGUAAUGAAUACAAUGCUUAGGUUUCUUUUUUACUCUCUGUGAAAGGAUUUUUAAACUUUUACAGCCAAGCAGCUAGAUCAUGAAAAUAAUGGCACAGCCUUUAGCUAGUUACAAACCAACAUUGAGUUGGAAUUCACUGUAGGUAGAUAGCUUGGCAUUUAAAACUGGGAAGAAAAUAUAGAAAGGCAAAAAAAGGUUUUUAAAAACGUCUGUAAUUCACGGCUGUAAAUCAGA